AAAAAUUGAAAUUUCAAAACCAGAGAGGAGAGGGAGGAACACCACCUACAGAGAGUCCUCUUCUUUUGCUUCCAUCCUUCCAUCCUUCCUCCUUUUUUACAAUUUUAUUUUUUUGGAAAAUAUAUCUACUAAAACCCUAACCCCUUUAUGUUUCUGCAUUCACUCUUUCUACUGUUACUUCUGUGUUUCUAUUUGGAUUGGUCAAUAUCGAAAUCCUCUCGGGUUUUCUUUGAACUUCUGGGGUGGGAAUCUUGAGCUUGGAGGAUAUUGUUUGUUUUGUUGGAAUUUGAUGUCUUGGGGAUUCUAGAAUUGUGGGGUGGAUCUGAAAGUGGCUUUUUAUUUGUUUUGGGUUUGAGAAGUUAGGAUUUGAUCGAGAUUUUGAAUUUGGAGGGGGGAUUGAAUUUGAUGGGGGAAGGAGAGGGGAGUGAAUUCCCGCCAAAAAAGGUGCAAUCGGAUACGGGGGAUUUUCCGGCGAAGAAGCUGGCACGGCAGCUAGAUUUCACGGCGGGUUUUUCCGGGGUUUCUCCCGGCAGCGUUGUUAUUCCCCGCGGCGUGGUUUUGCCGGAGCACCCGCAAUCCACCCUGGCGGCUCCGCCAACUGUGUCGCAGCAGCCACAGACCAACCCGCAGGUCGCAGCGGUGCCGGUGGUUUCUGCCCAAGUGGCUCAAACAACUGCAUCCACGAGGGUUGUAAAACCAGAAUCUCCAAAAUCACGAUCAAGAUCUAAUAUUGAUGUAAAGGAGGGUACUCCAAAGAAGCAGAAACAGUGUAACUGUAAACACUCAAAGUGUUUGAAGCUGUAUUGCGAGUGCUUUGCAUCUGGUGUAUAUUGCGACGGGUGCAACUGCUAUAAUUGUAAUAACAAUGUUGAACAUGAGAAUGCUAGACGAGAGGCCAUUGAAGCUACAUUGGAACGUAAUCCUAAUGCAUUCAGGCCAAAAAUUGCUAGUAGUCCACAUGGUGCACGUGACAGCAGGGAGGAGGCUGGGGAAGUUGUGUUGGGGAAGCACAAUAAAGGUUGCCACUGUAAGAAAUCAGGGUGCCUCAAAAAAUAUUGUGAGUGUUUCCAAGCUGGCAUCCUAUGCUCUGAAAACUGCAAAUGCAUGGACUGUAAAAACUUUGAAGGAAGCGAAGAGAGACAGGCUCUCUUUCAUGGAGACCAUGUCAACAAUAUGGCAUACAUUCAGCAGGCAGCAAAUGCAGCCAUAACUGGAGCAAUUGGAUCCUCUGGUUAUACAUCCCCUCCAGUAUCUAAGAAGAAAAAGGGUCAGGAACUCUUUUUUGCAUCAUCGGCCAAGGAUCCAUCUCUUCAGAGGCUGGGACACUUCCCACAGGCAAAUCAUGUCAGAGCUUCUGCACCUUCAUCUUCCUCUUCCAUGUCUACCAUGCCAGUCGUCCGUUCUGGCACAGCUACAGCACUGGGCCCUUCAAAAUUUACAUAUAGGUCUCUGUUGGCAGACAUCAUCCAAAAGCAGGAUGUGAGGGAACUUUGCUCUGUUUUGGUUGUUCUAUCUGGAGAAGCUGCAAAGACACUUGCAGAUCAGAGAAGUGCAACAGAAAAGCAAGCUGAAAAUCAGAUAGAAACUAACCUUGCUUCAUCUAAUCGAGAUAGGACGCAAAGCCAUAAGGAUUCUGAUGCUGAGAAAACCAUGGCUGAAGCUUCUUCAAGUGCAAACCUGGCUGACAAAGUUGGUGCAGAUGAUUCCAGUAUGGAUGAUGCUGAUGUGCCAAAAGGAAGGCCAAUGUCUCCUGGAACGUUGGCAUUAAUGUGUGAUGAACAAGAUACAAUGUUUAUGGCAGCUGCUUCUCCUAAUGGGAUGAUCGGCCAUGGCUGCAGCACAUCUUCACAGUUGCCUAAUGGUCAAGGCAUUUCAGAGAUUUAUGCAGAGCAGGAAAGAAUUGUUUUAACGAAGUUUAGAGAUUGCCUUAAUAGGCUUAUCACCUUUGGAGAAAUAAAGGAAACACAGUGUUCAUCGUUAGCUAGAACAGAGAUUGGGAGUCAAAAGGAGCCACUUAGCAAUGGCUCCGAGAUUUUCAGAACUGAAACUGGAAGCCAACAGGGACCCAUGAACAAUGGAGCUGCAAAAACUGUUUUGCCAUCUUCAACCAAGACAUCUCACAUGGCUACUGCAACAGUUGCCACAUCUAACCAUGAUCUUUCAAGAGUUCCACUUCCUCAAAAUGGGGAUCCCAAGUCCAAAACCGAAAAAUAGGUGUAAAGGUAAUUAAACGCCGAAGAUUGGCUAUGCUAGCUACUCCUGUAACAUUAUUAUUCCAAUCUGAGUUUGAGCUUCUACUUUGAAGCAGUGUCAAGUGUUGUGGGUAUGACUUAACCAGAGGAUUCUGGUUAGUUUCAUACAUGAUUGAGAUUGAUAAAUUUCUAUCAGGUUUAGUUCCAGCCCAUACCAAUGUAAAUUGCAGAGCUUAAUUUGCUUGGCAUUACUAUUUACGCCAUGCACCAAUGAUCAUCAUGGCCUUGUAUCUCUAGAUGGUAGGGUUUAUUUUUAAUUAGUCACACUUUUAAUGAAACAAAGAGUAUGGAAUUUUGUAACCUAGAAUUCCAUGCCAGGGCAAUCACAUAGCUGCUUAAUUUUAUCAGCCAUUGGCAAAAACAUGUGAUUUAGCCGACUCUGUAUUGAGAAUAUGAAACAUUUAACCAAAUAAAAUCUUUCAUUCUGA